AUGUCCAACCCCAACCGCACAACCUACACCGGCCCGCCCCUCAGCGGCCCAGGCAUCAUCUGGGUAAACUCCGUCCCACGCCCGUCCCUCCCGGACGCAACCUUCAACGCCUGGUACCAGACCGUCCACAUCCCCGACAUCCUCUCCGCGAAGCCGUCAUCGGGUCGCGCAGGUUGCGCCGCAGCCUGGCGCUUCAAAUGCACGGAUGCCGCUCGGCCGCGGCCAUAUCUAGCCCUCUACGCAGUCCCGGACCUGUCGUUCAUUCAGAGUGCGGAGUUCGCGGGCAUCAGCCAGUACGAUGAUCUGCUACCCGAGGGCGGGCCGAGCCAGGAGUACGUGGAUUUCGACACUAGGAUUUACCAGAGGGUGCAGGUUUUUGAGAAACAUGAACCCGGCGGGCAAACGGGGAAGAUGGGGAGGGGAGGGGGAAUUGGCGCAGUGAUCAAAUCAACGGCUAUACAGCCCCAGUCGGGAACGGAGGGGGAAUUCGAUCGCUGGUAUAGAGAGGAGCAUCUGGAGCAGGUAGCGUGCAUGCCUGGGUGGCGGAAGAGUACGCGGUAUGAGUUAGUGUUUAAGGUAAGGAGUAGAGAUGAGGCGGAUGGGGAGGCGGCGCCGGGGUUUCUGGCGCUGCAUGAGUUUGAGGAGGGGACGGUGGUUGGGAGGAUGGGGAAGGAGGAGUGGACGGAGUGGACGAGGAGGGUGGUGGAGGGUGCGGUUGCGAUUGAUGAGGGGGUGUUUGAGUUUGUGUGGGGGAUGGGGGAGGAGGGGGCGGCGUUGUAG